AUGAAAAAAGAACUAAAUCAAAAACAAUUUACUUUUCCUCCGAAAACAGAAAUGCAAAGGGUUCUUAAAAGAUUUGCCGACCCAAAUUAUCACCGGGUAAAUCAAGGUUUGACUCCUUGGGCUACUGAUUUGGAUAGAGCCAAAUAUAAACUCUGUAAAAGUAUCCUCCGUUAUAAACAAAAUAGCAAUCUAAACAGCAAAGACAUUGCUAAACAAUUAGGAAUAACUACUCUCAAAGCUGAAUAUAUCUUGUAUAGCCACAUUGAUAAGUUUACUUUGGAUGAGUUAGCAAGUUAUGCUAACAAUUUACACGUUCCCUGUCAACAAAGGUUUGUCAAGGUAGAAAUCAAUCCCUUAAUUGCUACUGUUAAGCAUCCUAAUGAAGGUAUCACUGAUGAAUUAAUUAUCUACUUGCUUAAACAGUUGGACGGUGAAACAGUGGAACCUGACGAAAAGAAAUAUCACCAAUGA